CUCUCUCUCUCUCUCUAGAAACCUUUGCCAUUGUUUCACACAACACACAACACACACAACUACAACUUGUAAUGUAAAAUCUUAUUUAUUCAGAACAUUCAGCAAUCGAGUCCACCAGGUGGCGCAGCCAGGCCAAAAGGGGAAGGUGAACCACUUCACCUCUCCGUCAACCACCACCUGAGACUCUGCAUAAUGGGUCAAGGCCUUAGUUGCAGAAGCAGCCAUGACCAUGGCCUCUUCACCGCCGUGCAACACGGUGACCUACAAAUUGUCACAACUCUGUUAGAGACAGACCCAACUCUGUUACACCACACCACUCUCUACGAUCGCCACUCUCCUCUUCAUAUUGCUGCAGCUAAUGGCCAGAUCGAGAUUCUAUCAAGGCUAUUAGAUGGAUCUGUUAACCCAGAUAUUUUAAAUCGACAAAAGCAGACUCCGCUUAUGUUGGCUGCAAUGCACGGAAAGAUCGCUUGUGUUGAGAAGCUUCUUGAAGCUGGAGCUAAUGUUUUGAUGUUUGAUACGCUUUAUGGAAGAACCUGCUUACACUAUGCUGCCUAUUACGGUCAUUCUUCUUGUCUGAAGGCAAUUCUUUCUGCUGCUCAAUCUAGUCCUGUGGCUGCUUCUUGGGGAUUUGUUCGGUUUGUGAAUAUUAGAGAUGGAAAGGGUACAACGCCAUUGCACUUGGCAGCACGUCAAAGACGGCCUGAAUGUGUGCAUAUUCUAUUAGAUAAUGGAGCUCUUGUUUCUGCUGCAACUGGUGGAUAUGGUUGUCCUGGGAGCACUCCUCUUCAUCUAGCAGCUAGAGGAGGAUCUCUUGAUUGCAUUCGUGAACUAUUGGCAUGGGGUGCGGAUCGUCUUCAACGUGAUGCAUCAGGGCGAAUACCAUAUAUGGUUGCUCUGAAACACAAACAUAGAGCAUGUGCGUCGUUGCUAAAUCCUACAUCUGCAGAGCCUCUUGUCUGGCCAUCUCCAUUGAAGUUCAUCAGUGAACUUAAUCCGGAAGCCAAGGCUUUAUUAGAACAGGCCUUGAUGGACGCAAACAGAGAAAGGGAGAAAAACAUAUUGAAGGGUAGUGCAUACUCUCUUCCAUCUCCAUCACAUUCUGAUGGGGUGGAUGACGAUAUCUCUGAGGUUAGUGAAUCGGAAUUAUGCUGCAUCUGCUUUGAGCAGGUAUGCACAAUUGAAGUUCAAAACUGUGGCCACCAAAUGUGUGCACAAUGCACACUAGCCCUCUGUUGCCACAACAAGCCCAACCCUGCCACUGCUUGUCUUACUGCACCAGUUUGUCCAUUUUGUCGAAGCACCAUAGCUAGAUUGGUGGUUGUGAAGAUAGAAAGCCAUGAUGAAUUAGCUGAUCAAGAUAGUGUUGAUGUCAAUUGUUCCAAGCUAAGCAAGUCAAGGAAACUCAGAAACUUAAACGACGGUGGUAGCAGCAGCUUCAAGGGAUUAUCCAAUGUGAGUUCAUUCGGAAAGUUGGGUGGACGCAGCUCUGGAAGGGUUGCUGCUGAGUGGGUUGAUAAACAGUGAUUGUGGUAAUCAAUGAUGAAAGUUAAAAAUUGGAAGGAAUAUUAUGUAAUUUUGGGAAAUAAGCAAAGUGAGUUGAAGUGAAGUGAAGUGAAGUGAAGUUCCGGGUAGGUACAAAGUGUUGUUGUAGUGUUAUUAUUAUUAUUACUUGAGAAUGAAGGAGCAUCACCUGCGUCGAUGAUUUUGGGCGUUGUCAAUAAUACUAUUAUACGUAAGCUAGUAAAGUGAGAAUAAUUUCUCUCGAAAGUAUAAGUCAUUAUUAUAUCAAAAUGUAAUUGCUUAUUUGCAUCUUGGUUUAUUUAUUUGUAUCCAUAUGAUAUGAGCAAUAAAUUACAAAAGAAAAAGACAUGGCCUGCUGUUGCUUG